AUGCAGAGGCAGACACCAGGGGUUUGCAUUGGUAUCAGCAGCAGGGGCAAACAGAACGUGAACUUCUCCCCACCCACCAUUCUAACCUUUGCAACUAGACUUUUCGCAUCCUAUUCCCUACCUAAGCCGCACACCCCUGCGGCCCCUGUCUCUCUCUCUCUCUCGAGCCCGCAAACGGUGGUAGCAGCAGCAACAGCAGCAGCAGCAGCAUCAGCCACCAGCGGGAGUCUGUACAGUCCCCCCAGCAGCAGCUGGAGGGCGCUCGGCUUGUAUCUGCAUGCAGCGCCAAGAGUGCUGCAGCAGCUGCUGCAGUCUGAGCAACGGGCGCUGCGAGACGCGGAGACGUCGCUGUUGCACGCCUUCGAGGAGAAGGCAUUGGCACUCAAAACAGAUAUCCUGCAAGAAAAUCAGCAACGACAAGGGCAGGAGGCCAGCAUCGUUCACUACUGCGAGGCGGAGGUUCGAGAGCGCGAAGCCAUGGAAAGCAGGAUCGUCGGAGAAGUUGCUGAGCAGAUGCAGCGCCUGCAAAACUUGAUCCAACAGGAGAAAGAAGCGAGGGAGAAGCAUUUGGCUUCGUUGCUGAGUUUGAUAGAGGAGGUAGUGCGUGAAGUACAGCGUGACGUCCGCAGAGAGGAGGAGGAAAGAAAGAAGUCUGAAAACUCUCUUGUGUCUCUGAUGGAGCAGACAGUAGACAGGAUCACUUCCGCCAUAUAG